AUGUCCCACACAGGCGCCCGUCUCCUACGCCGGCCCCUUGACAUCAAUAUCCUCCGAGCAUGCCUCGCGUGCGGCGUUUAUGUUCCUCAGCCCAACCUCCCCGUGGGUGAGCGCGGACUCCGUCCGGCCUUAGCACGGACAUAUAGCGCAUCAUCGUCUGUCUCGACCCUCAUUUAG